GACAGGGCUGUGGGGCCUGGGCUGCGGGAGCUAUGGAGAGCGGGGUGAGAACAUGAAUAAAGGCUGGCUGGAGCUGGAGAGCGACCCGGGGCUCUUCACCCUGCUGGUAGAAGAUUUUGGUGUAAAAGGUGUUCAAGUGGAGGAGAUCUAUGACCUACAUUGUAAAGUUCAGGGCCCAGUGUACGGAUUUAUCUUCCUGUUUAAAUGGAUUGAAGAGCGUAGAUCACGACGCAAGGUGACACCCCUGGUGGAUGAGACAUCAGUAAUCGAUGAAGAAAUUGUUAAUGACAUGUUCUUUGCCCACCAGCUGAUUCCAAACUCGUGUGCGACGCACGCUUUGCUUAGCGUCCUCUUGAACUGCGACAAUGUGGAGUUGGGUCCCACCCUCAGCCGGAUGAAGGACUUUACCAAAGGUUUCAGUCCAGAGAGUAAAGGCUAUGCAAUUGGCAACGCUCCAGAACUAGCAAAGGCACACAACAGCCAUGCCAGGCCAGAGCCACGGCAUCUUCCGGAGAAACAGAAUGGGAUCAGUGCUGUGCGGACCAUGGAAGCCUUCCACUUUGUCAGUUAUGUUCCCAUUAAAGGUCGCCUCUUUGAGCUGGAUGGUUUGAAAGCCUAUCCGAUCGAUCAUGGGCCUUGGGCUGAGGAUGAAGAGUGGACGGACAAGGCACGACGAGUUAUAAUGGAGCGAAUAGGGCUGGCUACAGCUGGAGAACCUUACCAUGACAUCCGUUUCAACUUGAUGGCGGUGGUGCCGGAUCGGAGGAUGAAGUAUGAGACGAAAUUGAGCCUUCUGAAAAUGAACCGGCAGACAGUGCUGGAGGCCCUACAACAGCUGAUCCGUGUCACCCAGCCAGAGUUGAUCCAGACACAGAAGCCUCAGGAAGCUCAAGCCAUGGAGGAGGCAAAGCAAGCCCUGAACAAACCUGCUCCUGAACCAGAGAGCAACAAGGCAUUCCCUGGACAGGACAACCUGCAGAGUGGCUCCAGUGAAACCUCCACGCCUCAAAAUCCUCCGGUUUGUACAUCCAAUCCUUCAAAUAAACCAAAGCCUCCAAUCAAAACUGCAGUGUCCAGCACUAAUGGACCCACGUCCGCUCCCAGCCCUGUCAUCCAACGCCUUCCCGCCUUCCUUGAUAACCAUAACUAUGCCAAGUCACCAAUGCAGGAAGAGGAAGACCUUGCAUCUGGUGUCGGUCGUGGCCGACUGCCCAACCCCCAGCACCACCGUUACUCAGACAACGAUGAUGAGUAUGAGGAGGAAGAGGAGGAGGAUUGUCAGAACACCAACACAGCAAUCAGGUAUAAGAAGAAAAGCCAGGAACAACGAUCCAGCGAGCAGCUGUCCCUUCUACAGCCCAACACUAUCAACGUGCUGACUGAGAAGCUAAAGGAAUCCCAAAAGGACUUGUCAAUUCCUCUUUCCAUAAAAACCAUUAGCGGUGGUGGUGGAGCUGCCGCCCAUUCCCAGCCUUCUCCAACUCCCAGCAACGAAAGCACUGACACGGCCUCCGAGAUCGGAAGUGCUUUCAACUCUCCGCUUCGCUCUCCCAUCCGUUCGGCCAACCCCACCCGUCCUUCGAGCCCGGUCACCUCUCACAUCUCCAAGGUGCUAUUUGGAGAAGAAGAAAGUCUGUCGCGAGUGGAUUGCAUGCGUUACAACCGGGCAGUCCGUGACCUUGGGCCAAUAGUUAGCACAAACCUGUUGCAUCUGGGCGACGAAGGAAUGCUGCAGACCCUGGGAGUCACAGAGCAACAGAAAACAGACUCCAUUAAAAGCUCACCAUUGCGUCAAUGUGCGGACAGACUCACAGAAGUUAAAAUGGAGGAUGGAAAAGAGUCCCCAGGGUCCUGCGACAGGAAGGAGAAAUAUUCAGGGAGUGGAAGCAAUGAACAAAAUAUUGCAGAAAAAUAUUCCCCUAAGGAGUUGCUGGCAUUAUUGAAGUGCGUGGAGGCCGAGAUCUCGAACUGUGAGAUAUGCCUUAAGGAGGAAGUGGAAAAGCGCAAGAAGUAUAAGAUUGAUGACCAGCGAAGAACCCACAAUUAUGAUGAGUUCAUCUGUACUUUCAUCUCUAUGCUGUCUCAAGAAGGAAUGCUGGCCAGCCUUGUGGAGCAAAACAUCUCGGUGAGGAGGAGACAGGGCGUCAGCAUCGGGCGCCUGCACAAACAGCGCAAGCCAGACCGGCGGAAACGUUCCCGGCCGUACAAAGCCAAGCGACAGUGACGCUUGCAGCCCCGUUUGCACCCUGGCACCCGUGCCCUUCAGCAUCGGACCCACCCAUCCCUGCAAGAUGGGCUAGCAGCAGCUCUUUUUACUGAGGUUGUGCAUGCUGGAAUCGGCUGGUGGAGCUGUGCAUCCCCUUUACUGACACUGGACUGGGAUGCCAGAUAAUUACACUAACUUCCAGUUUGGUUUGAAACGUUGAGCAGUCGACAGUCCACCAAAACCUUGCAUGGGAUCAGUCAAAAGUGGGGUCACUGGUAUGAAGCAGCUGCCUUCUAACAAUGAACCAACCCCAGACAGAAUCUGUGUGCUCUUCCCAGCAGUGUUCGAUGCUUGCAAGCAGGACAGUACUGAAUACAUGGGAUCUACAGCCUUGUUCGUCAUUCUAUAAACAGUCCGAGUGUGCUCCAUUUUAUCGUUUCUCCGCUGUGCACCAUCCAAAUUCAAACUUUCCUCUGAAUUCCCUGUUGUCUUUGGAAGUGCAUUUAUAUUGGGGAUUUGCUAAAGGACCACUGUUACACGUCUGGCCACUGACUGACUACCUGAAGGAACUAGGUUGCUUGACCUGUGAUGGAUAAACCAGAACUGUGGAAUAAAGCCCUAUUUAUUCAGAGGGUAACAAUUCCGAUUUUGAAUUAAUUGAGAGUUCAAAUUAAAGAGCACUUUUUAAAAAAAAA